AUACCUGCUCGAACAAGACUUUCCAGGCAUGCGGAUUGGUCCAGAGCCUACCACGGAUUCUUUCAUUGCUGUGAUGUAUGGAGAUUCAGAAGGAAGUGUUCCUGGAAAUGCCCUGGUUGUUGAUCCUAAGAAGCCAUUCCGCAAACUCAGCCGCUUUGGAAAUGCUUUCCUGAACAGAUUCAUGUGUUCUCAGUUACCUAACCAGGUCCUGAAGAGCAUCAGUAUCAUUGACAGCCCUGGCAUUCUCUCUGGAGAGAAGCAGCGCAUCAGCAGAGGCUACGACUUCUGCCAAGUCCUCCAGUGGUUUGCAGAGAGGGUCGACCGCAUCAUCCUCCUUUUUGAUGCCCAUAAGCUGGAUAUAUCGGAUGAGUUUUCAGAGGCUAUUAAGUCAUUCCGGGGCCAGGAUGACAAGAUUCGAGUGGUGCUUAAUAAGGCCGACCAAGUGGACACGCAGCAGCUGAUGAGGGUCUACGGUGCGCUCAUGUGGUCCCUGGGAAAGGUGAUCAACACUCCAGAGGUGCUGCGGGUCUACAUUGGCUCUUUCUGGGCCCAUCCUCUCCGAAACACAGAUAAUCGAAGACUUUUUGAAGCCGAGGCACAGGAUCUCUUCAAGGAUAUCCAGAGUCUCCCACAGAAGGCUGCUGUGCGGAAGCUCAAUGAUCUCAUUAAGAGGGCGAGACUUGCAAAGGUUCAUGCUUAUAUCAUCAGCUAUCUGAAAAAAGAAAUGCCCUCUGUGUUUGGAAAAGAGAACAAGAAGAAGGAACUGAUCAGCAGAUUACCAGAGAUCUACACCCAACUGCAAAGGGAAUACCAUAUCUCAGCAGGUGACUUCCCUGAAGUCAAGAAAAUGCAGGAGCUGUUGGAGACUUGUGACUUCACUAAAUUUCACUCUUUGAAGCCGAAGCUAAUUGAAGCUGUGGAUAACAUGCUGGCCAACAAAAUUGCCUCCCUGAUGAGCCUGAUCACGCAGGAAGAGAGCAAUAUGCCCACAGAGAUGGUACAUGGUGGAGCAUUUGAUGGCACCAUGGCAGGACCUUUUGGCCACGGAUAUGGAGAAGGUGCUAAGGAAGGAGCUGAUGAAGACGAAUGGGUUGUUGCCAAGGAUAAACCUGCUUACGAUGAGAUUUUCUACACUCUGUCACCAAUCAAUGGCAAAAUAUCUGGGAUCAGUGCAAAGAAGGAGAUGGUGACUUCUAAACUACCCAACAGUGUCUUGGGGAAGAUCUGGAAACUUGCAGACUGUGAUGGUGAUGGGAUGUUGGAUGAUGAGGAGUUUGCUUUAGCAAAACAUCUGAUCAAGAUUAAACUGGACGGAUAUGAACUGCCUGGCACGCUACCUUCCCACCUGGUGCCACCAUCUCACAGGAAACCUCUGCAGGCAGCAGAGUGA